AUGGAUACUUCAUUAACAGCAGGGGCGCCGGCGGAGGCUGCGCCAGCAAAAUACAUACCCCCGCACCUCCGUCGGCAGCAGCAGCAGCAGCAGCAACAACAGCAACAAGGGGCUUCAUCAGCUGCAGCUUCUGCAGGUUCCCCUUCCGGUUCUAUGGGUGGUGGUGGUUAUCCGUCAUAUCCAUCAGGAGGAGGUAUGGGUGGUGGGGGCCCCCAUCGUCCUGGUGGUAGUAGUAGUACUAUGGGCUCUAUGAAUGGUCGUCGUAAUAUGCAGCAGCAGCAGCAGCAGCAAGGAGCAUCCCCUGAAGGAAGGGGAAGAUUUAGUUGUUUAGGUGGUGGUCGUCCAUCUCCUGUAAGUGAUUAUAGGGGUAUGCAUAACGAAGGAGGAGGAGGAGGAGGAGGAGGAGGUAGUAUGGGUAUACCAUCAUCAGACGGUAAUAAUAAUACAACAACUAGUAGAGGAGGGAGCAGCAGCAGUAGCAGCAGCAGCAGCAGCAGCAGCAGUGGAAAUUGGACAAGUGGAGGAGGUGGAAAUGGGAGGCCAUCUAGACCCAGUCAAACUGGAACGGGGUGGGACGUGAGAGACGGGCGCUCCUAUAGGCCUGAGAGGGCAGACGACGUAUUCAGCCCAGAGAAGCAACAAAGUACAGGAAUUAAGUUCGAUGCUUAUGAUAAGGUACCUGUAGAAUUAAAGGGUAGAGGGAGCGAGAGAAUAAUUCCUGUUGAAUCUUUUGAGGAAAUUGGAUGUAAAUUCUCUCCUUUAUUAAUGGAGAAUGUUGCUAGAGUUAAUUAUAGUAGACCUACACCUAUACAAAAAAAUUCAAUACCUACUAUUCUUGCAGGAAGAGAUCUUAUGGCUUGUGCACAAACUGGAUCAGGAAAGACUGCUGCUUUCUUAUAUCCUAUUAUUGCACAAAUGUUGCAAACUGGACCUCCUCCUCUUCCUGGUAAUGAAAGAGGAUCCACCAGUUCCUAUAGAAGAAGUGUAUUUCCUGUAUGUCUUGUUCUUUCUCCUACUAGAGAGCUUGCUAUGCAAAUCUAUCAAGAAGCAAGAAAAUUCCAAUUCGGUACCGGUAUAAGAACUGUUCCUGUAUAUGGUGGAUCACAAAUCAAAAGACAACUCAUGGACUUAGAUGCUGGAUGCGAUAUUUGUGUUGCUACACCAGGAAGACUCGCAGAUGUACUCGAAAGAAGAAAGAUUCGCCUGGCACUUGUACGUUAUCUUGUGCUUGAUGAGGCGGAUAGAAUGUUGGAUAUGGGUUUUUUACCACAAAUAAAGUCAAUAGUUGACGAUUUCGACUUACCUCCAUGUCCUUCUCCCGGUAGCGUUUCAGAAGAUGGCGCGAAUCGUGGGCGUCAGACGAUCAUGUUUUCUGCGACGUUUCCUAAGGAGAUUCAGAUGUUGGCAAAGGAUUUUAUGCACGAUUAUAUUUAUUUAGCAGUAGGUCGUGUGGGAAGCACGAACGAGUUCAUUCGUCAGCGUUUAUUGUAUGCUGAUGAGGACCAGAAGAUAAAGUUACUGGUGAAUUUGUUGCGUGAAUCAGAGAAGGGUUUAGUAAUAGUAUUUGUUGAAACAAAGAAGAAAGCAGAUAUGAUUGAGGAUUAUCUAUUAAAUGAGACAUUUCCUGCAAUAUCUAUUCAUGGUGACCGUACACAAGAGGAACGUGAGGAUGCAUUAAGACAUUUUAAAUCCGGACAUAGACCAAUAUUAGUAGCAACAGAUGUAGCAGCAAGAGGAUUAGAUAUAUCUAACGUAAAACAUGUCAUUAAUUAUGAUUUACCCUCUAAUAUUGACGAUUAUGUACACCGUAUAGGACGUACAGGACGUGCAGGAAAUCUUGGUCUUGCAACUUCUUUUGUCAAUGAACAAAACAGACCAAUUCUUCGUGAUUUAUUACAUUUAUUAGAGGAAGCUAAUCAGGAGAUACCUGGUUUCUUACAUCCUCUAGUUGUAUCUUGUACAUCUUCUUCUUUACGUUUUGGUGGUCGUGGUGGAUUUGGUCGGAUGGCUAGCAGCAGCAGCAGCAGCAGCAGCAGCAGCAGAUUUGGAGGUGGUAGCGCAUUUGGUAGAUCCUCUGCUGCUACUGGAUCCUAUUCUAUAGGAGGAGGAGGCCGUAUGAUGGGGGCCUCGGAUUGGCGCUCGGAGGCCCCAGGCAGGCCUACAGGAUUCUCUGCUGGUAUGGGCUUCGCAGCUGAGCGCAGCACGGGGCCAGCAAGAGACGCAUGGUAG